AUGUUUGUGAUUCCGAAGUUUUUCGGCUGGAGGGGUAGAAGCCUCAACUUGGCAAUUAGCUCAUUAGGAAGCCUUGAUUUCUUGCUUUUUGGAUACGACCAAGGUGUGACCGGGGGGCUGCUUGAUCUUCCAUCAUUCACCAAGUAUUUUCCCGAUAUUGAUACCGCGGAUCCAGAAAUACAACAAUACCCAGCUAUCAAAUCGCAGCGCAGUCUGAAUCAAGGAAUAUCAGUCGCGUCAUAUAAUCUAGGCUGCUUCUUUGGUGCUAUUUUAACGGUAUUCAUCGGGAAUCCACUCGGCCGGAGAAAGACAAUCUUCUGUGGCUGUAUAAUCAUGACUACAGGUGCUCUUCUACAAGCCACCGCUUUCCAUCUUCCUCAUUUCAUUAUUGGGCGCAUUAUAACGGGCGUGGGGAAUGGAAUGAAUACAAGUACUGUCCCAACAUGGCAGUCAGAGUCUGCAAAAUCUCACGAUCGCGGUAAAAUGGUUAUGAUUGAAGGAAUGCUCAUUACCGCGGGCAUUACUCUGAGUUAUUGGAUCAAUUACGGAUUCUCAUUCAUCGGGGAAAGUGAAGUAGCCUGGCGAUUUCCGCUGGCCUUUCAAAUUCUCUUUGCUAUCGUGAUCUUCACGUCGAUUCUUAAUUUGCCUGAGUCGCCACGGUGGCUUGUGAUGCAAGGCCGAAACGACGACGCUCUGGAGAUCCUUGAAUGUCUUAACGAACGAUCUCGCGAUGAUCCUUACAUUCAGAACGAACUUUUAGCCAUCCAGGAAACUGUCACAGAAAUGUCUAAGGGCUCGUAUAGAAGUCUUUUUGAUAUGAGUGAAUAUAGAGAGUUCCACCGAGUGGCCCUCGCGUACAUCAACCAAAUGUUCCAACAAAUAUCUGGAAUCAACCUCAUUACUUACUAUGCACCAUCGCUUUAUAGGGAUAUUGGUCUCGGUGAAGGUAACCUUCCCAAGUUGUUAGCCGCUUGUAACGGCACAGAGUAUCUGAUGGCCGCAUUCAUCCCAAUCUUCAUUAUUGAAAAAGUUGGACGACGCCCGCUUAUGCUUUUCGGGGCCGCUGGCAUGGCACUCUCCAUGGCUGUCCUUGCGGGUACCAACUAUCGCCUGACCGUGCUUGGUGAUCAGCAAGCAGGUAUUGGACAAGCUGUAUUUUUAUUCGUAUUCAACACAUUCUUUGCUAUAGGUUGGCUCGGAAUGACCUGGUUGUACCCAGCAGAGAUUGUACCUCUGCGCAUCCGUGCCCCCACCAAUGCAUUAGCCACAAGUGCCAAUUGGAUUUUUAAUUUCAUGGUCGUCAUGAUUACUCCCGUCGCAUUCAAUAGCAUCGGGUACAAGACCUAUAUCAUAUUCGCUGUUAUAAACGCAUUCAUCUUCCCUUUUGUGUAUUUCUUCUUUCCCGAGACACGCUAUAGGUCUCUAGAGGAAAUGGACAGCAUAUUCAAGAAAUCUACAAACGUCUUCGAUGCCGUUUCGCUCUCUGUUAAAGAGCCAUACCGCUACGAUAAACAUGGCCAGCUGAAGCUUGAGUAUUUGGAGGAAUCCAUUCUUUGUGAAAAUAUAGUGCACAAUGCGGGACAAGAACUUGAUAGCGAUGAAGUUGGCCAGAAGAUAACUGUGUGA